GAGCGGAUGCUCUCGAGCUGCACUUGGAAGGUAGCUGAAGUCGUAAGCUGUUGUCGUUUCCUGAACAGGUCUUUUGGCUACCAAGUCAUCAUGUUUCGCCGUGCGUUUCUGAUUUUGUUCCUUGCUCUUGGAAAUGAACUCCAUCGAUCACAUGGGACUGAAGUGUCAGUCAACAACACAGAGAACAAAUUAUGCCUCUACGCCAAUUUGAUGGUCAACUUCUCAGUCACAUAUGAAGUUGGUGUAAAUAAGAGUGAAACUGUUAUUUUGGUACUGCCUGAAAAUGUGACAACCGAAGGGAGCGCCUGUGAUAACACAACAUCGACAUUGAAACUCAGUUUUGGAGAUGGGCACAGUUGGACAGUGGAUUUCACUAAAAAGAACAAAACCUACCAAGUAGAUACCAUUAUCUUCUCCUACAAUCUCAAUGACUCAAGCGUCUUCCCCAACUCUACAUCAAAAGAAACCAAGUCUGUGACGGUGAAGUCAAUUAUCACCAAUGUGAGUGUGGACACCUACUACUCCUGCAAGAGUGCAGAUGUCCGGACAGUAGAGUCUGUCAUUCAGACACUGUAUGAUGUUGCUCUACAGGCGUUUGUGAUUAACGGCAGCAAAAGUGACACCGACACCAUAUGCUCCGCUGACAUGACCUCCACCACUGUGGCGCCCACCACAACCGUUACCACCACAGCUGCCCCCACUUCUACUCCUACACUGCCCACGCCCACUACUGGAAAGUACAGCAUCGCAACCGACGUCAACAGCACAGCCUGCCUGAUGGCCACCUUCGGCCUACAGAUCGGCUACAAGCAAGGAGACAAAGAGGAGACCAUCAACCUGGUGCCUAAUAUGACUGAAGUGGGCGGAGCCUGUAGGGCCAACAGCAGCGAUCUCAUGUUGACAUCAGAUACAAUCACCAUCGUGUUCAUGUUCAGCAACGACGGCAAGAAGUUCCAACUGCACACUCUGAAUGUCACAGUGAUACCAGCCACUGGGGCUCCCGUCGUUGCAGUCAAUACCAACAUGUCCAUUUGGGCGGCGGCGGUAGGCAGCUCCUACAUGUGCAACAAGGAGCAGACCUUAAACGUCACCGACACGCUCACUCUUUACACGUUUGAGCUUCGCGUCCAGCCCUUUGAAGUAAUCAAAGGCGAAUUCGCUACAGCCCAUGAAUGUUCACUGGAUGACACCAGCAUCUUAAUCCCUAUCAUUGUUGGUGCCGCCCUGGCUGGCUUGAUUCUCAUUGUAGUGAUUGCUUACGUGAUUGGUCGUAGGAAGACCUAUGUGGGAUAUCAGACCCUCUAAAAGCAAUCUGUGAUCAUGAAUCUGUGAUAAUUAAUCAAGAACACAGGUUGAUCCUUGUGUGGGGUGGCGGUCCCAACGCCUGGUCCUGGAUGGCUGUCUCAGUGCAGUUUUUCAAUUGACGACUGACUUGUACAACUGGAAUAGUCAGACUGUCACCUCCUUACUUCAGCCACUCUUAAGAGCUGCUCUUAGACUUGAGCUUAGUCUAGCUUUGCUUAGGUAAACCUGAAGACUCAAUGCUCUCCAGGACCAGGUUCGACUGUCAUACCCCGUUUAUUUGUUUGUGAUUUCCGUUUUGUUUGAUUUGUUUAAUCUUUUUUUUUCUGUUGUAAAGGAGCAAGUGCAGGAUUAUUUGACCUCUGUGUUAGCCAGUGCAAUUUUUUGAAACCUUUGGAACCAGUUAAGGCCUUAUUUAUUGAAAAUUCUCAGUGAUUGCACCUGACCCAUCUGACAUUACUCACCGGAGGCUUCUCAUUCAGGGUAGGGACGCUUUUUAUGAAGUAGCACAUUUCAUAGAAACACCAGUUAAAGUCCUUGUGCUACAGUUUGCACAUUUUCACAAGGAGCUGUGACAAUUGGGGGCUGUGCCCUUUUCACUAUGAAUCAUGCACUUGCUCCCUCCCUCCCUUUGGCAUACCUUUUUUUGUUUCUUUAUGUUCUUAUUGAAUUUGUGUAUUUUCAUUCAACCUUUCUUUUGUGGUUUUAUUCAUCCUCACAAUUCAUUGUAGCGCUGCACCAUUUUGACUGACUUGAACAUUUCACAUUUGUCUCGCUGCUCAAUGAGACAUCAUUGAGUAGCUUUGUUGAUUUGGCUCAGGAACUCUUUUACGAACUAACCAGGAUCAAGGUCUGCUGCUUUGCGCUCCUUGCUCUUUCAGGUCGUUACUGAUCAUCCACUAGUCGGUCAUUAGUUUUUGAAUUUGGAGAUGUGACUUUUUGACUGAAAUGUGUGGCCGCAACUCGGGUAAAAAGAAAAGGUGGUAUUGCUGGCGUAUAGUUCCGUCUCUAAGUUGAUUUGACAAAACAAGGCAUCCGUCAUUUAUAUUCACGCACAGCAGUACUUGACGUAUGGUUGCCACCAAUGUCAGUGUCUCUGACUUUGACUGACUGGCUCACAUUGUGUAGUGUGAAAUCUAUCAAGUGUUUAAUUAACUUUGAAAAGGCCAUGCCUAGUUUGAGGAUGUAAAAGACAAACCUGAAAAGAAAGAUAACACACAACCCCUCCAGUCAUAUGUUGGCGUUAGGUUUUAUAAAAGGGAUAGCUCUGAUUAUUUGCGGUCAUUCAAACCUAUUCUUCGCAGAUGGUGAUUAUUCUUUUUUUUUUAUACAUUUAAAUGCACUAAAUUGUUCAGUAAGUUUGACAUAAAUUGAAAAUGUGUGCUGAAAUGUUACACCUGUGUAUAUUAUAGCUGUUGCUGUGUUGUUGCUCCCGAAAGCUGCCACUUAGUAAGGGGGCACUUGUGACCACGGCUGGGGUCUAUUCCAUUUCAAUUAAUAAAUUAUAAUUCCAAUUUGCCUCAGCUUUUUCAUGAGGAAAAUUGGAAUUAUAAUUUCAGUUUACUUCCUGAAUUGACUUAAAUGAAAUGGAAUUGACUCUAACCCUGCCUAGUUGACCGCUUGUAAGUUGCACCAAUCGAUCGAGUAGGAGAAAGGAUGAUUGUCCACAGGAUUUGCAGUACAUGUGUAUAUUGUCGUACUGUUAGGGCAGGUGAAAAUGGGUAGUUGCUGUGUAUUAUCGCUUUGUCGUAGUGAGAUGGUCUGCAUGAGACAUGAAGAAAUUUGAUUGCCGCCUUUAAUUUCUGUUGAUCAAUCAGUCAACCCCAGAACAUUUAAGAUGCUGUAUAUGUGAAUGAUUUGCUUUUUUUCCCUUUUCAAAUAUAUUAUUGCUUUUACAUUCCAGUGUGUUGUCUUGGAAAAUUGACAGCUUUUGUACAAAUUCUGUUUGUUACUUUGGUUUUAAAAUUGUAUUUUUUUCUUGACCUCGUCAACAAUCAGUUCUAAAAUACAAUUUUGAAAACAUUUACUAUACCCUAUUUUCAUUCACUUGACAUGAUCAAAUGUUAUGAUUGUGACAAUUUUGUGCCUUGCUCAACGAAGCAGCUCCAUUUUGAGAUUCAAUCACGUUUGAUUAAAUUUACAUUAAUGAAUUGGAUUAUUUGGCUCCUAUUUUUUUCUCUCUCCUAGUUUAUGAAUUCAUAAAGCAGCAUGUUAAGAAAUGGGAAAUCACAGGACAGACCCAUUCUUCAAAUUAAGAUACGCUGAACACCUUCCUAAUAUUUUUUACAAGGUGUCGAAAGCGUUCAACCGGGAUGUUGACUCCGCGUUGACUCCGAUGCUUCCCACACAAUUUUGUCAUUCCCGUUCACCCACUGAAUGGCACACAUACACAAUCGAUGUCGCAAUGCUAAAAUACUUAUUUAACCGGUCUCCUCUUUUGUCUACACUGGUUGAUUUGAAGUGGAUUUAACAAGUGAUAUCAAUAAGGAUCAUACUUUUAAUCUGGAUUCACCUGGUCAGUCUGUCAUGGAAAAGCAAGGUGUUCAUAAUGUUUAAACUCGGUGUACAUUAUUUUCUUCUGUGGCGGUGAACAAAGUUAAUUUUUGAAUUCCUUUUCAAUAGGCUUUUUGCUGCAAUAAAUGGGAAUGGAAGUUGUGCAUAAA